AUGGGUUCGACAAAACACUCAAACCUCUUACGGUUAGCACAGACUGUCCAGAAGGCCACCGAGACUAUCGUGAAACACUUGCAGUACACCAAACAGCAAGAACCGUCCUUCGAUCAAGACAGCAAGGCUAUUCAGGGUGAUACCGAUACACAUUCCGUCAGGAUCCAGCUCAACGAUGCAGCACAAGACCUCCUCCGUCUAGUCAACGGCCCAGCAAAUGAAUACCGCUCCUUCUUCAUGUCGCACUAUACUCUUGCAGCAUACCAAGUUGCACUUCACUUCAAGAUCUUCAGACAUGUUCCUCUUGGCGGCAAGAUCAGUAUUGCCGACCUAGCUUCCAAAGCUGGCAUCGACAAGGAUCGCUGUCGCAGAGUGAUCAAGCAUCUUGCAACCCAACGCGUCUUUGAGGAAGUCGAGCCAGAUAUAUUCACUCACACCGCAAGCUCUGCUCUCAUCGCACGGGACAGCGACAUGGAAGCUAUUCUGUGGAUGCAAUUCGACGAAAUGUUCAAAGCAGCCUCUGACUCUGCUAAAUUCGUCCAAAAUGAUCUGAACGGAUCUGCCGAGGCCGAUUCGCCGUUUUGUACGCGUCAUGGCAAGCCGCCGUAUCAAUUCUACGCCGAGAACCCUGAGAAGGGGCUCAACUUCGCAAAGGCUAUGGCUGCGUUGACCCAAAUGGAUCGCUCAAUCUCUGCACUUCGCGAUGGAUUCCAGUGGGGCAAGCUCGAGGCUCCUGGAAAGGUUGUCGAUGUCGGUGGUGCAAGCGGACAUGUUUCUAUGGACCUGGCAGCCGUAUUCCCCGAUCUGACCUUUGUCGUUCAAGACGUUAGCAUUGAAGCUCUCGAUGAUGGAAAAGCAAAGUUACCAUCUGAGAUUGCAGAUCGAGUCUCUUUCAUGCAACACGAUUUCUUCAAGGAUCAGCCCAUCACCGAUGCAAGCGCCUUUUUCAUGCGUCAGUGCCUUCAUAACUGGAGGGAUGAAGACUGCAUUAAGAUCCUUCGAGCUCUUGUCCCCGCACUUGAAAAGUGCAAACCUGGAACUCCUCUUCUUAUCAACGAGGAAGUCUUGCCAGAGCUGAAUGAGGUUUCAAAGUAUCAGGAACAUUUAUCGCGGCAGUGCGAUAUGUGUAUGUUCGUGGUCGCUGGGUCGAAGGAACGAACUAGGGGCGAUUUUGAAAAUUUGCUCAAAGAAGCUGAUUCUAGGUUCAGUGUUGUCAAGGUUCACAGGAAUAGUACGAGUACAAUGGGUCUCGUCGAGGCGUAUCUUGGUCAAUAG